AUGACUAUUUCCUUCUCUCGGCGAAUCGGCGAAUCUAAAAUGGCCGGCGAAGAUGCAACUCUGCACCACCCGCGCAUCCUCUGCCUGCACGGCGGCGGGACUAACGCGCGCAUCUUCCGCGCCCAAUGCCGCGUGCUGUCGCGCACCUUGGAGCCGCACUUCCGCCUUGUCUACGCCGAGGCGCCCUACGCUUCGGCCCCGGGUCCCGACGUCGUCGCAGUGUACGCGAACGACGGCCCGUUCAAGAGGUGGUUGCGCUGGCUGCCCACGCAUGAGGCCAUCGACGACGAGGUCGCCGUACGCGACAUCGACCGCUCCAUCAAGGAGGCAAUGGAUGCGGAUGACGCCGAGGGCGCAGAUGGGCCGUGGGUGGCUUUGCUGGGUUUCAGCCAGGGCGCCAAGUUGGCCGCGAGCUUGCUCUUCCGGCAGCAGCAGCGCGCGCAACGGCGGGCGCAAGAAGGUGUGAAAGGGGCACAUGUAGGGAUGGGAAAGGAUGGGAUCUUCGAUGGCUGGAGGUUCGCCGUCGUGCUUGCGGCGCGUGCGCCGCUGGUAAAUCUGGAGCCUGGCAUCUUCAAAUCCUCGUUACUGAGCGAUCCCUCGCAGACCGGGCUCAGUGGACCGCCCGAUCUCAUGGAGAUGGCGAGCGAGAAGCAUGUCUUGAAGCUUCCGUCAAUUCACGUCCAUGGGCUUACGGAUCCGGGAUUGCACCUGCAUCAGGAACUGUUCGAGCAAUAUACAGAUCCUGCAUCCACGAGACUUGUGCAGUGGGACGGAGGGCAUCGGGUGGUGCUGAAGACCACGGAUGUCCAGCCUGUAGUUGAUGCCAUUCUUGCAAUAGCCAAGGAGACGGACGUGCUCUAG